AUGGGCGGCCGCGGGAAAGCAAGAGCCUUCCUACUGCGCUUCCUGCUGCUUCUGGUGGAGGCUGAUGACGACGGCGGCGCACUCGUUUGUUCGCAGCAGUCGCGUAGCCCGUACGCUCGCUUCGACGCGGCGUGGAAGAUGACAAAGAGGUUCCGUUCCGGCAGUUGGGUACGGAUACGGACGGGCGGUUGCUUAGCCAAGUCGCUCACGCACGCCUGGCCUGCUCUGCUCUGCCAAGACGAUGAUGAUGGUGUUUUCUUCUUCCCCUCUUCCUCGUCCUUCCUCCCGCGAGCAUUUUUUUUAGCUGGCCAGGCCCGGUUUCUGUUGCUCGGCACCCGUCCCACCCACCAGCCGCCCUCGACAGGCCAGCACGACAAGGAGGGAGGAAGUCGCCACGCCACCUCGCUCUCCCCCCUCUCCACGCCCCGUAGCAUGGCCGACUACAACCGCUACGGCCACAGCUACAGCUACGGCGGCGGCGGCGGCGGGUAUAGCCAAGGGCCACCGCCCUCAGCCCCGCCGGCGCCGCACAUGCCCGCCACCACCACAGCCGCCCCGCCCUCCUCGUCCUCCUACGGCGGGUACCCGCCCGCCGCCUACCCUCCGCCGCCCCCGCAGGUGGCGGCGGGCGGAUUCAGCUCCGGCGGCUACGGCUACGGCUCAGGCUACGGCUUCGUCCCCGUCGCGUUCCCGCCGGGGACGCACCCGGACGUCGAGCGCGCCUUCCGCGCCGCCGACCGCGACUGCAGCGGCGCCAUCGACGAGCGCGAGCUGCAGGGGGCGCUCUCCGCCGCCUACCACCGCUUCAGCAUCCGCACCGUCCGCCUCCUCAUGUUCCUCUUCAAUGACCCCUCCUCCUCCACGCCCUCACGGAUGGGGCCAACACAGUUUGUAUCUCUCUGGAAUUGCCUUGGGCAAUGGCGGGGAAUUUUCGACAGAUACGAUAGGGAUCGGAGUGGCAAAAUCGACUCCCGUGAGUUGACCGAAGCUCUUCGUAGCCUUGGAUACGCCGUUCCACCUUCUGUCAUCGAGCUUCUUAUAGCGAAUUACAACAAUGGUGUGCCUAGCAAUGGCGCGCUAGACUUUGACAACUUUGUGGAAUGUGGGAUGAUUGUGAAGGGUUUAACUGAGAAAUUCAAGGAGAAGGAUACCCGCUACACUGGCUCGGCCACUCUUACAUAUGAUGGAUUCUUGUCAAUGGUCAUCCCCUUCAUCGUCCCUUAG